AUGUCUGAAGUACAGGGAACGCUGGAGUUUUCUGUAGAGUUGCACAAGUUUCACAAUGUGGAUCUCUUUCAAAGAGGGUUCUACCAGGUACGCGCCGGGCUGAAGGUCUCACCUCGAGUGCCCCACAGGUUAAUCGUGACCACACGAGACAACACAGGAGAAUGCAGCUUCAGCUCCGCGGGGGUUCACGACGGCAGCGUGUUCAGCCGGAUAUUUCAGAUCCUUUACAGGAACGAGGAGAUUACGGUGAACGACCGUAUGAUCUUCAAAGUCCAUCUGCUGUUAGACGGAGAACAGGUGGAGGAAGCCUUGAGCGAGGUGGACUUUCAGCUGAAGCUGGACCUUCAUUUCACCGACAAUGAGCAACAGCUGGCAGAGAUAGCGACCGUCCCGUUGAUCAGCAGUCGGACCCUCAGCCUCCACUUCCACCCGCGGAGAGGCCUCCACCACCACGUCCCCGUCAUGUUUGACUACUUCCACCUGUCCGUCAUUUCUGUCUCCAUACAUGCUUCACUGGUUGCCUUACAUCAGCCGCUAAUCAGCUUUGCGCGUACAGGGAAGGGCUCUUGGCUGGGGAAGGGCUCGCCGGAGAGCCCGAGCGACCCGUCUGCCAUGUCGGUGGAGAACCUCGUGUUUGGCGCUGGCUACUGCAAGCCUGUCACCUCUGAGGGGAGCUUUUAUUUGCCCAGUGAAAACUGCCUGCAGAGAGCUCACACGUGGCACCGGCGGCUCUGUCGCCUCCUGCUGGUCGCGCACGGGGGCCUGCACACCUACCACGCCGCGCUGAGGAAGGAAAUCCCACAGCUGCAGCAGACUCCACUCGACUCAGAGGUGCUGCCUGUAGACGAAACUCUGAAUCAGCUCACAACAGAGUUACAGCUCCAGGAAGGCCACGAGAGGGUAGCGGAGCAGAUCAGCAGGGACGUGAGCCAGCUCUGCUCCCAGCUGGCCGCGCUGUGGAGCCACUUCCUGGAGGCCGCCGUUCUCAACCCCCACAUCCUCUCCUAUCUGGCCCAGGAGCACCACACACUCAGGGUUAGGAGGUUCUCGGAGGCGUACUUCUUCACUGAACACCCCAAAGAGAUGUCGUUGACUUUUCAAGAGGAACUAAUCAGCAGACAUGGCCAGAUAGCUGCAGAGGUGCGGAGCUCGGACUACUUGACCAAGAUGCCUCCUUUACCUGUUGAGUGCCUGGACAUCGAUGGAGACUGGAACAGCCUGCCCAUCAUCUUUGAGGACAGAUAUGUGGAGUCUCCUCAAACAGAAUGGACGUCACAUGUGCCGGCCACUGAUGGGCGGGCCCACUCAGAUCCCGCCAUAUCUCUUGUCAAUGGGAUUUUUGAAUGCGUCCAGGGAGCCAGAUCACCAGCAAUACAGCAGGAUCCCUUGGACAGUGACGAUUACAUGGACCUACCCACAUAUGUCUCCCUCAUGGCAGAGCAGAGUAAGACCAGUACCGACAUUAGGAGUACCCAGAACCUCGUUCGCACCGAGGACAUUGCUGAACCCUCUCGAGCAGCGGCAGAGCCCUUGAAGGGACAAGAGGAAAAACAAGGGCGGGAUAAGGAGGCCUGUAAUCCAGGCCUCAGGUACAUCACAGAUAAGCCUCGUGAUGUGGAUCCAUAUAGAGAAGAAGCAGUCCCUGUUCUCUCCUCAACCCUCAAUCCCCUCACUGACUCUCAUAACAGCAGCGAUGGGUCUCCUGCUCAUCAUGCAGCGGAAAAUACCAUUGUACGUCCUGAUGCCACAAAUGACAGCAAUGCAACAGAGGGGGAAAACAAUGAAGAGGAGUCCGAUAUUGCGAUGCCAUUAAAUCACUCCAUGGACGAUGAGAUUGAGGAUUUUCCUCUCAUCAUUGCACAUCCAGUUAUACCUCCCUUUCCCACUGAUCUCAGAAAAGAGGUGACUCAGCGCGGAGGCCUGGCCGGCUCCAAGAUCAUGAAGCGCUCCUCCUCAGUUAUUUCGGACUCGGGUAUUGAGAGCGAGCCCAGCUCGGUGGCCUGGCCCCUGGAGGCGGCAUUGCGAAGCCGACCUCCUCGAGACUUCUCCAGCGAACUGGAGAUCCCAAAGCAAAUAGUGUGUCGCCACCCGGUCCACCGCUGCUCUCUGGAAGGCCUGCAGAUGGAGAGCAACGGCAGCGGAGGCAUACAGGCCUCACUCACUUCCAUUAGCUCCCUGCCAUACGAGGAGGACCAGCAGCAGAGGCAGCUCAGUAAACUGACAAAGUCAGUUUCGGCACCACAGAUAAGCAGCCCUGAAGACACCGAGGAGGACCGUGUGCUCCUCAACCAGGAAACAGAUACUGAGAGUUUAAUGCAACAGCAGGAUUCAUUGAAGAUCGACGGCUCUUCUUUGAACAGCAACCUGGAUUCGGGGCAAUCCGAAUCAUCUUUGUUAGACCCGACGACUUCAAUGCCAAAUCUUGGCCGUAUCCUCAAUGAGAAUAUUAGCUCCGAAAAGUCAAACCCGCCAAAGAACCUGUCAAAGACACACAGAACCAAGUCGGCGUUAAGUGGUGUGUCUGAAGUGCUGCUUUUACAAGAGUCUGUGGAGAGCCUUCAUGUGAAGGAGAGCGCUGUUAUUGUCAGCCACGGGGAGAAUACGAACCAUCAAACACACAUCAGUGGAGUAAGCGCCUCGGAGGAGGAUGUGCAUCUCGUUGAAACAGAAGCAGUGCCCUGCAGCUGUGGAAACAAACCAUGUGUGCAUAGAAGUGCAGAAGCACGGGACAGAAUGAACACUGUAGAUGAUUGCCAAAGUUUCCAUCAGACUGAACUGUUUAGUGUUGAGGAUCAGAAGUGUCUGGAUCCCUCCCGAUCACCUCCAGGGCUUCAACCCACCAGUGACCUCCCCGGCGGUACCAUCACACAGAGGCCGAGUGAUCUUACAGGGCUGAUUGCCAACGAUAUUGUGUCACCCGUUGACCUCAACGGGAUGUCAGCCAGUGAGAAAGAGCCUCUGGACUGCCAGACUAAGCCCCCUAAGAUCCCCAACUCGGGGCUGGCCUUUGUGAAUAAGAAGAUGGUGGAGGUGGUGAACAUGUCAGUGUCCUGUGCCCCGACCUGCCUGCCCUUUUCCUCCGCGCUAAGAGACUCUCCGUCCAUCAGUGGAAUGUCUGCUCGCCAGGCCACCUCACCUAUCACCCAUCAGCCUCUGGGAUCCUUUGGUAUCAUCUCCUCGUCUUCGCUCAAUCCCUUGAACAUGGAUGACGAGAGCAACGAACGAAUGCUAAAUUUCUACAAAGCCAAAGACGAGCUGCUCAAAGAGUUGAGCUUUCAGGCCAGCCUUUACAGCGACCUCCCUCUCCUGGCAUCCGAUCUGCCCUACUUCCCCCCCGAGGAGGACGAUGAGGAGUUUGAUGACGGCAUACACCUGGUGGUGUGCGUCCACGGGCUUGAUGGAAACAGCGCAGACCUUCGGCUGGUGAAGACGUUCAUUGAGUUGGGACUGCCGGGAUCCAGACUCGACUUCCUCAUGUCUGAAAGGAACCAGACCGACACGUUUGCAGAUUUCGACACCAUGACGGACAGGUUGCUGGAUGAGAUCAUUCAGCAUGUCCAGCUGUACAAUCUCACCAUCGGCCGGAUAAGCUUCAUCGGCCACUCUCUGGGGAACAUCAUCAUCCGCUCGGUGCUGACGAGGCCCCGCUUCCGCUGCUAUUUGCCCAAACUGCACACUUUCCUCUCGCUGUCAGGUCCGCACUUGGGAACGCUGUACAACAACAGCACCCUGGUCAGCACAGGUCUGUGGUUAAUGCAGAAGCUGAAGAAGUCGGGAUCCUUGCUGCAGCUCACCUUCAGAGACCACGUUGAUCCACGGAAAACCUUCCUCUAUCUCCUGAGUCAGAAACAAGGGCUCCAGUUCUUCAAGAACGUGGUGUUGGUGGCAUCUCCGCAGGACCGAUAUGUUCCUUUCCACUCUGCUCGAAUAGAGAUGUGCAAAACCGCCCUUAAAGACAGGACCACAGGGCCCGUUUACACUGAGAUGAUCAACAACCUCUUGCAGCCACUCGUGGAGGCGAAGGAGUGCCGGCUGAUCCGCCAGAAUGUGUUCCACGCUCUGCCCAACACAGCCAACACCUUGAUUGGCCGCGCGGCGCACAUCGCCGUCUUGGACUCUGAGCUCUUCCUGGAGAAGUUCUUCCUGGUGGCAGGGCUCAACUACUUCAAAUGA